UAAAACCUAACACUGAUUUAUUGGUCAGGGAAGGAAUAGCUUCUAGGAGUAUAGCGAAAUUGAUUGUAAAGGAGCCUAGAACUAUAAUGCAAAAGGUUGAUAGAAUGAUUCAAGUAGUGAAAAUGGUUAAAGAAUUGGGCAUUGAACCAAAGUCUGGUAUGUUUGUUCGUGCACUUAAAAUAAGGUGUUCAAUGAGUGAUUCAAAUUGGAAGAAGAAAAUAAAUGUUAUGAAGAGUUUAGGAUGGUCUGAGAAGGAGAUUUUUACAGCAUUUAAGAAAGAACCAAAAUACUGGUUGUUCGGAGGAGAAACUGAGGGAUGUUGCAGAUUUCUGUUUCAACACUGCAAAGUUGGAUCCAGAAACUGUAAUUUCUUACCCUACGUUAUUCAUGAGUGCACUGGACAAACUCCGACCGAGGUACAAAGUUCUUGAGGUUUUGAAGGUGAAAAGUCUUCUUAAGAACAUUAAGAUCCCUCGGAUGCUUGUAGGAGGGGAGAGAGAAUUUGUGGAGAAAUAUGUUGUUAAACAUUUGAAUGAGAUCCCAAAUAUGAUGGACAUAUACCGGGGCAAUGUCACAACCGGAACCAAAUCUGUUCUAUAGGAUUGGAAAGUUGUAAGUUAAUAAUCUUCUUAUAGUUUAAAUUUCAGCAUCCGGAUCUUCAAAUGGGAGAGCAUUUUUGUUAUUAUUAAUAAGCCUACUGUUUGAAAGAACACCGCCUCCUUAAGAUUUUCAUAUGGGGAUCUCUCUUUUUCAAGUGGGAGAGUUCUAUUGUUAUUCCUUCCAAUUUAAGGCUGUUGGCUAAAUCUAUUGCUGUAUAUUUCUUAAUGUUGCUAAGUAUGUAUAGCCUAAUUCUGGUUCCGAUGACCUUGGAAUGAGAGGCAUUUUGUUUUUCCCUUCCUAGUCUUUCGGACAUGUAGGACUAGUAUUGUAUUUAAAUGACCAAAAGAAAUGGCAAGCAUUUUUCACUAUGGCUAUUGAGAAGUUGCUCUUGCACAUUGUCGUCUUCUACAUCGUGAAUCAAGUUUUGUGUUGGGCACAUACGCCAGCCAAAACAGACAUUAUAUAUUCUCUUGGAUUGUGGAUGAGUUGUGCUUACUCCAUUCCAUCAUUUUGAAGCAGAAGCAUGAAAUGGUCGCAAGCAAGACAUAGUACUCAUUUUCAUCAACUCAAACAGUUUGUUGGUGGCUCUCUCUCAAUUCAAUGUUUUUCUAAAUUUUACAAUCACCCAGCGUCGAACCAUAUACAUAAUCCCUAGACCAAUAGGCCUAUUUUCAAUAAAAUUCCAGGCCUCUUUGAUCUUACCAGCUCGACCGAGAAGGUGGACCAUAACACUCUAGUUAUCCAUUGAAACCUCCAAUCAAUAGUCUUCUUUAAAAAAACAAAGCUCUUGAAUAGAAUCUCUAUUAGAAAACUGGUUACUUUUAAAACAGACAAAUCAAAGUACAAAAUUAGAUGUAUCUGUUGAUUAAGUGGUCUAGUUUCAACUCUUAAACCGUAUUAUAAAACACUUUUGAUCUUUAGACUUUCAUAGAAGUAACAAAUUAGUUGGUAAAUUUUAAUUUCAAUGAUUUAGGACAUGUUUGGAUUGACUAUAACAAUAUGCCUAUUUUUUUUUUCAAAAUGAUUUAUUUCAAAUCCACCCUUAUUCUACAUAUGUUUCUUAUAUCGUAGACAGUUAAUUAAUUACUAGAUUAAUUAUUGGAUAGUUGUUCACGAGGCAGAACCCUUGUUGCCUGAUUGGAACUUCCUCCAUAUUGCUAUCAAUGUCUUCAUGUCGCAUGACUUCUUAACAUUACACCAUCGAAUCCUUAAUCCUUUGCUUGUUGUGUAGUGACACACUGACAAUACCAAUAUCCACUAAUUGUAGUUUCCAGAUACGGUUGUUGGUUGACAUCUCUUCUAAUUCGUCGAUACGAGAAGCAAAUUGUUGUGUGAAGGAAUCAAUAUCUCGACAUAAGCGAAGAGGCAGAUCUUGUACCAUUCCACUAGUCGUAAGAAAUUGGCAUGCAUUUUGGCUUCCAAGACUCUUUCAUAGAAUUCGAAUAAUUUCUCCAGCACCUAAAAAGCCCAUAGGAAUGUAGUUGAUGCUCCCACAUUCAUAGCAUGAGUAGUUAAAGCAAGUGAAUGAUUUGAAAUUCGAGUGAUUUUACAUAAUAAGACUCGUAUUUAUUGAGUUCAUAGUGGUAUCUCCCAUUUCAAAAGUCUCUCAACAGCGGAAGAAUGAGCGUACUCUUGGGUCAUCGUAGAAACAUAGAUAGGAUCGACGACUGAACCAAGAACUCACUUUUCUACAGCUUUUUCUUGCACAUGUUUACUUGCAUCACAUACACAAAGUGCACGAACGAUAGAAAGUGAAUUACGAUAAAGUUUGAAAUACAUAAAAUAAAAUAAAUUGUUAACUGAAUUUGAAAGGCUAAAUUGUAAUUCUUAACUAUUGUCCUUAGCCUAAAUGUGUAGAAGUUGAAGAUUUAUUAAAGCUCCAUCUUGAGUGGAUAUAAAAAUAAUUUCAAAAUUGGUUUUGCGAGCGAGCGAGGGAGGGAGGGAGGGAGGGAAUCAUCUUUCUCCUAAGAAUUAAUUAGCGCGAGAGUUUCUGAAGAACAAGGAGAAGAGCAGCUAAAAGGAAAGAAGACACGAGGAAAUGUCCGUGUUACAUGGCGUCGGAUUAGGGUUAGCUUUUACGAAUCCCAAUUCCACUUGCAAUUUCCAUUCUAAUACAAGAUUUUUCCCACAAUCCCUCGCUUCAGUCCCUGAAUUUCAUCCAAUUUCGCUUCGUUCUCGUGCAUUGCUUUCUGAAAAUGGCGAUGAUUCUAAGUUUGACGCUAUGAGUAUUUCUACACCGACUACAACUGAUCCUAAGAAGAGCUCUGGAACCUCUGCUAGAAGUCGUCGAUUGCUUAAGCUUCGUGAAGAGAAACGCAAACGAGAACAUGAUCGUCUCCACAAUUAUCCUGCUUGGGCGAAGGUGUUGGAAGACGCCUGCAAAAACGAUGCGGAAUUACGUGCUGUUCUUGGCGAUAGCAUUGGCAAUCCAGAGGAGAUGAGGAAAAAGGUUGAAGAUAGAGUACGGAGGAAGGGUAGAGAUUUCCAAAAGUCUAAAACGGGUUCCAUCCUUGCCUUCAAAGUCAGCUUUAGAGACUUUAAUCCUCUUGAUUCCUACAUAUGGUUUGAGCUGAUUGGAUCACCAACUGAUCGAGAUGUUGAUCUUAUUGGCAGUAUUAUCCAGUCAUGGUAUGUCAUGGGUCGAUUGGGGGCCUUUAACUCUUCAAAUUUGCAGCUGGCGAAUUCAUCCAUGGAGUACAAUCCUGUCUACGAUGCGGAUAAGGGGUUUAAAGUGAUGCAGUCAUCAUUUCAUGAUAUCAGUGAUGUUGAGUUUCAGGACAACUGGGGCCGGGUUUGGGUCGACCUUGGUACGUCUGAUUAUUUUGCCAUCGAUGUACUAUUGAACUGCUUGACUGUUCUAAGCUCAGAAUAUUUAGGCAUCCAACAAGUUGUGUUUGGCGGACGUCGAAUGGGCGACUGGGAAGAAGGGAUGACAAGUCCUGAGUAUGGGUACAAGUCUUUCAAAAUCUAACUUUUACUUUUAAAAUCCUGUGUAUAUAUAAUGCCUAAAUCUUCAUCGUUUAAGUUUCUGCUAUAAUAUUAGGAAUUUUUUAGGAAGAUUCGAACUUAUAGAUAGAUCUUCUAACUGCUAACACAUUUUUAUGUCAGUUGACAGGUAUAUUUGCUUGCUUUAGCAAUGAUAGGAAGCUUGUAGGCUUUAUUUCAA